UCGCUGCCUCAGCCGCUGCGGAGCUGCGGAUCCUCCUCAACCGUCGCUGAGCCGCGCCGGAGCCCGGCCGAGGAGGCUGCCGCCGCAGCCAGGACCCCGCAGCCCCCGCCUCCAGCCCGCCUCCGCUCCCCGAGGGCGCCCCAGGCCCCGCCAUGGUGAAGGUUACGUUCAACUCGGCUCUGGCCCAGAAGGAGGCCAAGAAGGACGACCCCAAGAGCGGCGAGGAGGCGCUCAUCAUCCCCCCCGACGCCGUCGCCGUGGACUGCAAGGACCCAGAUGAAGUGGUACCAGUUGGCCAGAGAAGAGCCUGGUGUUGGUGCAUGUGCUUUGGGCUAGCAUUUAUGCUUGCAGGCGUCAUUCUUGGAGGGGCUUACCUGUACAAAUACUUUGCACUUCAACCAGAUGACGUGUACUACUGUGGAAUAAAGUACAUCAAAGAUGAUGUCAUCUUAAAUGAGCCUUCUGCAGAUGCCCCAGCUGCUCAGUACCAGACAAUUGAAGAAAGCAUCAAGAUCUUUGAGGAAGACGAGGUUGAAUUCAUCAGCGUGCCUGUCCCAGAGUUUGCAGAUAGUGAUCCUGCCAACAUUGUUCAUGACUUUAACAAAAAACUCACAGCCUAUUUAGAUCUUAACCUGGAUAAGUGCUAUGUGAUUCCUCUGAACACUUCCAUUGUUAUGCCGCCCAGAAACCUACUGGAGUUACUUAUUAACAUAAAGGCUGGGACCUAUUUGCCUCAGUCAUAUCUGAUUCAUGAGCACAUGGUUAUCACUGAUCGCAUUGAAAACGUUGAUCACCUGGGCUUCUUUAUUUAUCGACUGUGCCAUGACAAAGAAACUUACAAACUGCAACGCAGAGAAACCAUUAAAGGUAUUCAGAAACGUGAAGUCAGCAAUUGUGUUACGAUUCGGCAUUUUGAAAACAAAUUUGCCGUGGAAACUUUAAUUUGUUCUUGAACAGUCAAGAAAAACAUUACAGAGAAAAGUUAAAUAUCACAGCAUAACCCCGCCCUUUGUAUUUUGUGCAGUGAUUAUUUUUUAAAAUCUCCUUUCAUGUAAGUAGCAAACAGGGCUUCACUAUCUUUUCAUCUCAUUAAGUCAAUUAAAACCAUUACCUUUAAAAAAAUCUUUUCUUCUUUCUAAGUGUGGUGUCUUUUAUCUUGAAUUAGUAGUUGUAUGAAGUCCUAAACAAUAGUACACUUCACCAUAGAUCUUAGGUAUUAGGAAGAAUUUAAAUUUCUUUAAAUCAUUUAACCAGAUUUUUACGUUUUAAUUAUGCAUUUUUUAGAGAAGGGGUUAUCUAAAGAAUAAUCACAUAUAUGCAUACGUAAAAAUGGACCACAGUGACUUAUUUGUAGUUGUUAGUUGCCCUGCUACUUAGUUUGUUAGAGCAUUUGAGCACACAUUUUAAUUUUCCUCUAAUUAAAAUGUGCGGCAUUUUCAGUGUCAUAUUUAACUAUUUAGAGUAUGAUUUCCACCUUGAUGUUUUAAUAACCUUGGCAUCUGCUGUAAUAAUAUUUUAGAAAAUGUUUGGAAUUUAAGAAAUAACUUGUGUUACUAAUUUGUAUAACCCAUAUCUGUGCAAUGGAAUAUAAAUGCCACAAAGUUGUUUGACUAAAGGACUGUGUGUUGUUUUUCCCAUAUAAUAAAACCAAAGAAUAAUUUGGUUCUUCAUAUCUAAAGAUAAUCUAUGUAAAAGAAGAAACAAUUUCUUGAAAGUCCAGUUCUUUAUAUACUGUGGGUGAAAUCAGAGAUUUUUUUUAAAAAAUAAAAGUAAGCUUUUAAAAUAA